AUGACUAGGUCAGGGUAUAGGCAAGUAGGUUUCAAGCUUGAGGGUAGAGACUUUGUGCAUGAUUUGAUCUGUUUACCUAUGGUUGGGUUGGAGAUGAUUUUGGGGUUUGAUUGGUUGUCGAAGAAUCGGGUUUUGUUGGAUUGCUUUGAACGGACAAUUCAAUUUAUGCUAGAAGGGAAAAGUGGAGCAGUGGUAGCCGAAGGUUAUUACCUGAACUCUGUAAUGGUGCAUUGUAGUGGGGAAGAGUGUCAGUGUUAUAUCCUGUUGGCUGCUAAUGUGUUAGGGGAUGCCCAGAACUUAGAUCAUAUUCCGGUGGUUAGAGACUUUUUGGAAGUGUUCCCAGAAGAUAUCCCUAAGUUCCCACCUCAAAGGGAGAUUGAAUUUGGGAUUAAAUUAGUGCUAGGAGCCAGACCAGUGUCAAUUGUGCCUUAUAGGAUGGCUCCGAUAGAGCUGGCUGAAUUAAAGACUUAG